AUGAUAGGGCCUCUUGAAACUGGCCAAUUAGUACUUCCAGGCCAGCCUAUUUCACCAAUAAAUGCAGCUACAGGGGGUCCAGGCACUAUUAUUCAUACAUCUUUUAUUCGAGCAUCUAUACCAGGAAAAAUAGUCCAAUCUUUAGAUUCAAAUGGACAACUUCAAAUUUCAGUAGAAAGGCUUUUAGACAUGUUUCAUCGUAAAGGCUCAUCAAUUCUCCCAGAAGUAAAUGCUAUUGUUCUGGGAAGAGUUACAAAAAUCAAACCCAAAGAAGCUACAGUUAAUAUUUUUGUAGUUGGAGAAACAGUUUGUCAAAGAGAGUUUCAAGGUAUUAUUCGAAUUCAAGAUGUAAAAGCAACCAGCAAAGAUACUAUUAAGAUUUAUGCUUUUUUUCGUCCAGGAGAUAUUGUACGAGCACAAGUAAUAUCAUUAGGUGAUCAAUCUUCAUAUUAUCUUUCUACUGCAAAAAAUGAUUUAGGAGUGGUAUUUGCAACAGAUAUUACAGGUGAUGCUAUGUAUCCUAUCAAUUGGAAUCAAAUGCGUUCACAUACUACAGGCACCAUUGAACAACGAAAAUGUGCUAAACCAAUAUGA